AUGGCUGAUACGAUGAAACAGUCUUUGAUUGAAAGCCUGACCUCCUGUCCCAAGUACAUUCCUACUUGGUACAAAUACGACGAGCUGGGUUCUAAAUUAGAGCUCGAUUGCAGAGAUACAGCAAAGAACAAAGAUUAUUACCUGUAUCCAUGUAUGACAUCCUGCCUAAAGUCCAACAUACAGGAUUUAGUUCCGAACAGCCAGAGUUCGUACACGUUGAUUGAUCUUGGGAGUGGGAAUUGUUCCAAGACGAGGCACGUGAUAGAUCAGCUUUUCAAAAACCAGACAUCUCUGUCGUUUUAUCCUCUGGAUAUAUCAAAAGAGUUCUUGAUGUGUUCAGUAAAGAAACUGGCCGACGAGUAUGAAAACCUGACCAUUUAUCCCAUAGCAGAUGAUUACGUCAAUGGAAUCGAGAAAAUGAGACACGUGAAUGGUCCGAAUGUAAUCCUAUGGUUCAACGGCAUCUUGAACCUUUCCUACCAUGACCAGGUGGAAAUGCUGAAACUGAUAUCGACACUUAUGACAGACAAGUGUCAUUUGAUAUUCAGUACCGACAUCACACAGGACAAGACAUCUGUAUUAAAGGCAUACGACGAUAAAACAGGCAAGUACAUUUAUAUAGACAAUGAUGAUGUAGACUUCUGGCGCAGGUCAUCCGAAAAAAAGAGGCAAGCAGUGCAGCAGACUUCAGGUGUGGAGCGGUUUUUACAGAAACAAGUGUUGCAUCAGAUUUCAGGACUACACAAGAAACUGUUCCUGAAUGCUAUCACCAGGUUGAACAGAGAGCAUGGCAGUCACAUCAACACUGACUUGUUUCGGUAUGUAGUGGACUUUGUAUCGGACCCGAACAUGAGCUACGUCAGGGCGUACAUCCAGGCUAAGGACAACGUAACGUUUCCGAUACCCGGACUUGGUAUUGAGUUGGAAAUGAAGAGAGAGGAACGCCUUUAUUUCCACGAGAAAGAUACAGGAGUUAGCUGCAAGUACACAAUGGGUCAGAUCGAGGCUCUGGUAAAGAGGGCGGGGUUAAAGCUGACGGACACAUGGUCGGAUGACCAGAAACAUGCCGUGAUAUGCCGAUGUGUUCGAGCUAUAACCGUUUAACAGAGCUGAUGGGCAUUGGACGGACGAUCAACAAACACAACUGUGGACUGUGUUAUAUUUUACAGGGUAUCUUGCCCACAGAAACCGAAUGUAUAUAUAUAUAAAGCAAUAUCUAUUUAUGUAAAGCACGUACGUCUGUGAUAUCCUACAGUAUAAUCACUAUUAUCUGUAAAUUUUCUGAACGACCUGCUGCUUUUUCAAAAUGACAUAAAAACAGUUACGUAUACAAAGACAAUAAGCAAUCUUCAAAAUAAUACAGCGAAACAUUGUGUGCAAACAACAAAAGAAUAGAUUAUAUAUAAAUGGAGCAAUGCCAUAUUACUGCUUAUUCUUA